AGAUUCGCGGAUUUUUACAAUAUCACUUACGAGGGGCUUGAGAUAUGGGCGGUACUUGUGACAGAGAAGAGAUCAACGGGUCGAAAAUACAUGAAUAUGUCCAUGGAACUUCUCAACGAGGUGGAAAGGUUGGACAAAUAUGUACAUAACGUUAGCGUCGUCGUUGACGGUGAUGUGGUUCACUUUGAUGAUCUACAUGGUAUCGAAAUAAAUUAUGUAUUUAAUUGGUAUAAAUAUGCAUAUUCAUGGCAAGAUUUUUUUGGAGACAUAAAUUUGACCUAUCCUGUGGGGACAGCCAUGGGACAUAAAUUCUUCAUUGGCAGUCACUUUUUUGGCGUGAACAAGCACAAGGAAUCUUUUCGAGGUCCAGUCGAGCAAAUGGAAUUUGUGACACUUUGGUACAUGAACCAGACGCCAAAUAUGAGAGAACGAAAACGGCUGCAAGCUUUGCAGCUGGAAUUGUUCCGAUUGAGCCGCUUGGAUAAAUUUAGCGAUCUGAUCAGCUUUGAAAUGUACGGGGAUCAGGUGAGCUCAUAUUUUGUUUAUUAUCUCACCGGCGGCGGUCCAUGA